UUCUUUCGUUUCCAAAUUGACAUACAAUUUCUUGUAUUCUUCUCUGCUGCUCUAAUUUCGGUAAAUCAUUUUACUUGUAAAUUUCUAAUUUAAUGAUCCUUUAGAUGUUUAAAGAAAGGAUUUUUCAUUUUGCAUACCUUCGCUCCGAUUUGAUUGCCACAUUGCCCGGACUGUAGAUGAAUUAUUUCCCUCAUGUCGUUUUUCGAAUAAAAAACUGAUAAAGACCUUGGUUCGGUUUUUCACAACACUACUCGCGCCACAAACGUUUCUGAACAAUCGCAAGCUCUCAUUCUAUAUCGUUUCCUUGAUACUAUGAUAUAUUCUACCAAAGAGUAUCCGUUUAUAUUAGUUUAUAAUAUAGUGGACUAAGUGGAGACAAAACGCCUUGAGUGGACGCCUUUUAAAACUCAAGAGCUUUUUUGUAAAAGUUUCCGGCCUUGUGUCAGUUCAUGGGCUUAGAGUGGUUUAUUGGCAUUUUUCCUAUAUAAAACUCUGUAGGAAUAUAUUAAUUGUUAAGGAAAGGCUAACACUAUCAAAGUCUCUGUGACUACGGUUAAAAUAUUGCAAAAAAAAUGCUGAAAAUAUUUGGGGAGUGAAUGUGAGUGUUGAUACCAUCCUGAUAAUUGAAACAAUGUCAGUAAAAUUUACCGUUGCGAAACUUCGACGGUGACUAAAUUAGGCCUAAAGUUAUGUUUCCACACCCUCACAGAGGAUAAUUGUUUUAUUCAUAUGGUAGAAAACUAUAAGCCUCCAGAUAUUUGGCUAGCUAUCAAGCCUAUCAUCGUUUUAUAAAAAGCCCGAUUCUUAUUGGCUAAUUCGAUCAUUUAAAGGUAAUAAACGAGUUCAGGUAAACAUGCCUGACUGUAUAACUCGUUGAAUCCAAACCUUGCUUAAACAAAAUGUAUUUCUGGUUAUUUUUUGAAUAUGUUUUUGCCGUAUGCUAUUCAGUAUUUGCGCUUUCAACGCAACAACCCUGCUCUAUGAAAAGUGCGAUAAGUUUGGUUAAACAAUCAAACCUUUUAAGCUGUCAUGACGUGAAACCUGAUAUCAAUCCAUCGAUGAUACGACGCGCACAUGUCUGCUCGUCAACUUUUAAACAAAUACACACAUGGUAUAUAUCGGUGGUAGUGGCCGCUAAUAAUUCCUCCACAAUUUUAUCGCGAGUAUCCCUCGCAAGAGGGCCAAAGCGUCGAGGAUGUCGAUUUUCUUCGUAUUACUUCAAAUUCUCGUUUUACACGCGACCGCAUUACGUGGCGAAACUGAAGCGAGGAAUGAACGACGAAGCGCUGUAAAUGCUAAAAUUCACAAGUAUCCGAAUUUAUACUUCUCAGCCGAAGAUCUGCCAAAACUCCGCGCGCAAGCGAUAUCUGGUAACGCGGACAUUUACAAAGAGUUAACAGACACAGUGCGAAAGAUACGGACUUUGAAGAAACUGAUACCGCCGGCGAAUGUGACUGUAUUUACCGCGCAAUGGAACGAAAAGUACGGCAACAUGUUAGGAAUACUCGCCUUCUACUGCGCUCUGACCCCUGAGGAUCGCGCCUCGCGUGAUCUUGCCAAGUUAUUCAUGACGCGUUUCACAGGUUACAAUACAUGGUUGGUCACGGGGAAAGAAAAAGACGAAGUCCCCCUGGCGCACUCCCUCCUGGGUUACGCAACUGCUUUUGAUAUGCUGCACGACUCGUUCACGCAGCAGGAACGUGAUCGAUACGCAAAUACGUUACUGCAAAAAGGCACCCAAAUGUUUAAAGCUGCAAAUAGAGCCUGGUGGGGUCGUUCGUAUAUCCACAACCAUGUUGCUACAAAUUAUAUGGCGCUCUUGACGGCAGCGCUUGUGGUGAAGCCUUACCACCCAAAGAGUGCGCUUGAAUGGCAGGAGAAAUCUAUAUUUAUGCUGAAUGCGACUAUGGAAUUCUUGAAGCUGGUUGUUGAUGGUUCGUUUCAGGAAGGGGUGUCUUACGGUUCCUACACCAUGCGUUCUCUGACGCAGUUUAUGUUUCUUUCCGAACGCCAUUUUGCGCUCAACUACAGAGGAAAUAACUGGCUGCUGGAACACUUUGAUUUUCUCUUAUACACGAUUAUGCCGGGGUUCCAAAGGACUGUCGGGUUCGCCGACUCCAACAUGGACUGGGCCUACGGUCCUGAAUCCCAACUAGUGUUCUUGGAAACCUACGUAUUACAAGACGGCAGAGCUAGGUGGCUCAGCAAGGUCAUCAAAAAGCGCAAGUUGAAAGGAAUUCUCUCUGUUGAUAGAAAGUCUCUGGUGCACACAGAGUUGCUGUUUUCAAACAGUUCAAAAACCAAGAGAUCGAGUGAUGUAAAGUUGCACGUCUUUAGCGACUGGGGAGUUGUUACCUACGGUGGUGGAAUUCUCGAACCACGUUUAUUUCUGUCUUUGAAAUGUGGCCAUCUACAUGGCCGAGCCAUAAACCAGCUACGACCAAGUCUGGACAUCGCAUUGCAACGCGGCUUUGUUCCUGGACACGAACAACCAGACCAAGGCUCGUUUGUGUUCGUGACUGAAGACCAGGCCGUUGUGACGGAGAGCCGUUAUGGACCAAAGUUCACGUACCUACAGAACACACUGAUGUUCGGACCGUCAACCAAAGGUUGCAGUAAACCGUACCUCGGCCAACUCGGAGAAUGCAGUAUGUGGUUUAACCACAAAUUCGACGCUCGAACGUGGACCGCGCGCGCGGACCUCGUAGGGUACUCGCGGGAAAAUGACGUCGUAUUUAUGAGUGGUGAACUCACACAAGUGUAUGAUGAGGAUCUUGGUUUGUCGAAUGUAUACCGUGUUUUGGUCACGCUUUCUCCAAGCGUGCUCGUGCUCGUGGAUAUCGUACGAUUUCGUGCGCGAAGCGCGACAACGCACGCGAGCGCGUUCUUCCACAACUCUGAUUUCGCGUUCAACACGGAAGACUACGACAGUACAAAAAAUCGCUGCGCGGGUAUUGGCCGAUAUAGAAUGUGCUGGGAACAUUUAAACGCUGCGACUGUUGACGUCAGUACUAAAAAUAACUUCAAAUUGCAACAUCAGAGAUUUGCAACAAAUUUCAUAAAUCACACGUGGCAGCGAUCGAGUUAUUUCACAAGCACCGCAUACAUCUUCCAUGGGCCAAACGACAAACUGAAAGGUUUGAAAGUUGCGGAGAUGAACUCGAGUGGUAUACGUAUUAGCAUCAAGUUGAACUCCACGAAAUAUGACGUAAUUCUAUCUACGAGGUACGACAAUCCGAGAACACGAAGGCGAUUACUGGGUUCCAAUGGCUACGGGAAAGUGCACAUUUCAUCCACGACUAAAGAGUCGACAGUUCAUUUAGGUGUGAAGACGCCACGUCAUGCGUACAACGUCAGCACAUUGCCGUCACAAACACCGCCAAAUGACAGUUUAUACGGUUUUUACUGCAUAAUCAUUUGUGCAGUGAUGCUGUUAAUAUGCUUAGAUUUGAAAAGACGUCUUCGAUUUAGGCAAAGAAUUAUAGCGGCCUGUGUCCUGUCGAUAUGUUUAACCGUUCUCUAUGUUUAUACCCCCGGGUUCUUUACAAGUUUUGGAUCGUUUCGUUCCCCGCCGUAUUCCACAAGUUCCUUUCUUCCCACCCUGAAAAACAACCAUCGAAUGAACGCCGUGUUGAUAACUGGACUUCCUUCAAGUGGGGUGGAAAUCGCACGUGAGCUUUUCACGACCAACCGCGACUUUAUCACGAUCGGCGUGCCUUCGCAAUCCCGAAUUCAUGGCGAUGCUGACGAAAACGUGGAUUUGAGCGAGUGGACAAAAGUGGACGUUUCAGAUCAAAAUGUGGCAAAAUGGUGGAACACCCUUCUGAAUUCCCCGACUGCGUUUAGGGAGGAAAGAAAUGAUUACAUUUCAUUAGUGAAUCCUUUGGAUAGUAGCGCUGUUCUUGGAACUACCAUACGUAAAUCCGAAAGUGCCUUUGCUGCCGUGAGUUUUAGGAAUCCCAGCUGGCUGUUCAGGAUAUCUGUGUUGUUUAGAAAAGCUUCUUCCUUGUACAUCGUAAGGGACCCCCGAAGUUGGAUUGAUCAGCUGUUAAGCCGUCCAGUUGUGGUGAAUUCAUUCCUCAAAGAAUUUGAAUCCGCUCUUAGGAAAACUGGAAGCACUUUUCCACCCGAAAUUGAAGUUCUGAGAAAGCUUAGUUUUUCUUCUUUAAAGCAGCAUAUUGCUUUGGCGCAUAUCUGGUCAGCGUUCGCUGAGUAUGCUCUUAGACUCGAGUCUACGCUCCCCCCUGGAGCACUGCAGAUUGUUCGCUUUGAGGACAUCGUCACGUCGCCAAGGGCAACAGCUGAUGGCGUGUAUGGUUUCUUGGAGAUGCCACUCCCAGCGGCCGUCGAGCAUAGGAUUGUGCAAGUUACAAAAACUAGGCUUUAUAAGUUCGUAAAUUACGGAAUAAUUGGAACAAGUUUGUUGAAAUGGGGCAAAGUUUUAACUAAGCAACAAAUAUCCGAGAUUAGCACUAUUUGUGAGAAGGUCAUGAAAAAUACUGGUUACGAGCUAUAGUCAGGAUUUAAACAUUGUUUUCAUAUGUCGUAAUUCAUCAGCGAUGUUCAACGAUCUAUUGGCAUUGUCGGAGAUCAAUAAAGGAGAAGAUUCCUUUCGAUAGACGAGACAUUUUAUAUUUCAAUGUCCACCGACAAUAGGCAUCUACGAUUAAAGUCACGAUAAAUGAAAACUAAGCUUUAAAAUGAACUAAAAACUGCUAUUUUAUACUGUAAGAUAUUUAUUGUUGUGAUUUGGAACAAAUUUGAGUAGGUGAACGUCACCUUACCAAUAUGAUUUUGUAGAUAUUUGGAUCGUUUUGACUCAUCUAUUGCAUAACGCGUGCACAUGCAUCUAGCUUUUAAAAUUUACUGUUUUCAUAUUGGUCACAGCUUGACCGCUACCGCGACAAGUGGCGAAUGUAAAAGAGUGUCAUUAUAUAACUGCGUUUAGUGAGGACUACUGCUUGGUAAAGACUUGUAUAUAAUCGACACAAAGCACUAAAAAAGACUAUUUCACAUGCACCAUUUGUC